AUGCGAGGCACGACUUUGGUGCUGCUGGUGCUGUGUGCGUUGGUUGUUGAGGUAGGCUUUAAGGUUUAAAUUUUAAUUUUUUUUUAAAUUUGAAGUUUUUAUUAGCUUUUGCUUAUUAAACAAGGCAUUCGGAUCUCAAGAGGAGAUCCUACAGGUACAAAGCUACAAUACGAUAACAAGCCCACUAUAUAAGGUUAUAAUAUUUACCUUCCUCAAUACAUUCAACAAUAUAAUAAAUAUAAACCGAUAGCGAUAAGAUCCAGGUAUAAAGUAUGUGACGUCCUUCGGACGUCCCAACUGUCCUGAGCCUGCUGACCAACUACUCGACUGUAAACUCGACCGUCCUGUUGCUUCACCGUCCUUCCCUUUUAUCGUGCUGUCCACGUACGUGGUGCGGAAUGCCAAGCGCUGUUCGUUGUCGUUGCGGGACCCAAAGGGUGCGCUCGUGCUAGGUCCAACUAGGCUUAUCUUUCUUCUAUUUGAUUUCUAGCCUUAGAGCUAGCUCUAGGCUAGAGCUAACUUACGUCUGGGUUUUGUAGCCUGCCUUCAACUCAAGAAGUUAUGUAUAAUAUUAAGCUGACAAGGAAAGUACCCAAAUUGCAACUCUCAGAGUUAGCUCAAUAUUUUUAUACAAAUUCUUUGUAAAAAAUCUUAGCUUGCGGUUUUAAGUUUUAAAAUUUUUAUAUUUAAAUUUUCCGGCAAUUUGACAAAUUUGGCAUUGUGUUGCAAGCACUUUUUUUGAUGUUUCAGAUAAAAUAGGCUUACAAAUUUAAAAUUGCAGGUUUAUUUGAAGCUUUUCUAUCAUUAUAUUAAAGAAAAAUAGCUAAAACUCAAAAAAUGACAAAGUUACGAGCUUGAAGCGCUAUGCCAACUGGGUGAGAAUUUUAAAACGUAAUCUUUUAAUCUUUAUAUUUGUCGAGGUUUCCUGGAAAGCGCAAUUUGGUAAUUUAGUGAAAAUUUGUAUUUACAUAAUCUUUCUGUAUAAAAAGUUUAAAGUCAGUGAGAGCGGGGCAGGUCGGGCACUUUCCUUGUAUAACAGAAAUAUAGAACAAAAAGCGUGACGGGUUCUUUAGGUUGGCACCUAAUAUAAAGCUGAAAAUAAGUCUAAAGUUAAGACAAACUACGACUAAAGCUAAGGCUAAAAAAGGCUGACUAAAGAUAAAGCUAGGCUAAAGCUCAAGGUAAAGCUCACCGCUCUGGUGUUUGCCAAUUUAAAAAAAUGAAUUAAUUUUGAUUUUGAACAAAUUAGAUCAAGUUCUUUGCUUACAUGCUUAAUUUUUAUUUCUUUGUAAUAACUUCAAUUUUUAAAUUUUAAAAAAUGUAGUUUAUAAGAGCUGUAUUUUGCUUUUUUAAACAUGGAAGACGUAUUUUACUUUUCCUCUUUAGCCAAUUACUUUGAGGUAUUAAAAAUAAUACUAUGGUAUGCUGGUAUCUGAAAUAAAAAAGUGCUAAUAAUGUUAAAGAAUGUCUUUAUCAUUUUGUCUUGUAAAAAAAACAUUUUUUUUUUGAAAAAUAUCAAACGUCAGCUUUUUUUCUGUUUACUAAGCCUAAAGGUCAAUAUGCUUUUUUCCUACCUUUAGCCUAAGCUUAGUUAGGCUACCCUAACCUUACCCUAAUCCUAGCCUUAUUUAGUCCUUGUUCUGGUCAUACUCUAGUUGUGCUUUCUCUACCUUUACCCUAGUCAUAGUUUAGCCUUACUCUACUCUUAUUCUAGUCUUACUCUAACCGUAGCAUAGCCUCUAUUUUAACCUUAUGCUAGCUCAGUCUUAGCAUCAGGUUAUUAGUUUUUUAGCCUGGCUAUAGUCUUCUUAUCUUUAUCUAUUUACGUUGGCCUAUGUUUUAAUAUAGACUUUCAUUUUCAGGCCAGAAGACACAAAACUCAACGUCGCUACCGCAUUGAUUCUGAUGAGCUUGACAAUUUGGACAAGAUUGAAGCUCCAGUUUUCAGUAGCGAAGACGAAGACGAUACAGUAGAAGAAGAAGUUAUCCAGCACGCUAGGCCAGUAGUACAACCAGUCAAUAUUCAAUACCGUAGUAACUAUCACCAUGAUAAAGCUUCACAAUCUUCUGGAAGUUCAGUAAGAGAUGUAAAUCAUCCAGACGCCUCUUUUGAAAAUUCUGAAGAAGUUACCGUACCCAAGUACAAUGCUAAGAAGAAUACGGUAGUUAGGGAAUCCAAGUAUUUGAAGACUCAGUGCUACAAGAAGACCGAGAACUUUGUAGAACAAAAGACGUAUCCAAGAUCUUGGGAACACGCUGGAUUUGAAGCUACGUUACCUUUCGAAUGGGACUGGAGAAAUGUAAAUGGUGUCAACUACUGUAGUCCAAACAGGAAUCAACACAUUCCAGUUUACUGUGGAUCUUGUUGGGUGUUUGGUACUUUAGGUAAGAAUUAUUUUCCUAUCUUUAGCUCUAGCCCAGAGAUCUAGCUCAGAGCCCUAGCUCAAAGCCCUAGCCCAGAUCCCUAGCCUAAAGCCCUAGCCCAAAGCCUUAGCCCAGAACCCUAGCCGUGAACGCUAGCCCAGAGCCUUAGAUUAGAGCCCUUUCCUAGACCUUUUACAUUUUUGUGUUUAAAAGGCACAGAAUUAUUUGAACAACCCAAUGAGUCACAACCUUUUAAAAUCACAAGGGUUUAUUUUGUCACCGUAUUUUACCAUUAUAAGUUUUUUCAAAAAAUUUUAAAAUUUCAAAUUAAAAUUCAAAACAUUUCAAAAUUUUAAUUUCAAAAUUUUUUUACAAAAUUUAAAUAUAAAAACCAUUUAGGAGCCCUAAACGAUCGCUUCAACGUAGCCCGCAAGAACCAAUGGCCAAUGACAAACCUGUCACCACAAGAGAUCAUCGACUGUAAUGGCAAAGGAAGUUGUAACGGCGGAGAAGUCUAUGACGUCUUCAACCACGCCAAGGUCCAAGGACUGGUCGAGGAAGGCUGUAAUAACUACAAGGCUGUCAAUGGAAGUGGGUUAAUAUGCAAAAACUUUGUUUACAGUUUUUUUUAGUUUUUAAGGUUUUUACAAGUCUUGUCGUUACUUUUUGUUGAUUUUAGCGAAGAAAAACGACAGAACUUUCUUAAAACUGAAUUUUUAAAAUAAAUUUUGAAAAAAAAAUUUUUUUUAAAAUAAAAUUUUUUUUUCAGAAUGCGACCCCUUUCACCGUUGCGGCACUUGCUGGCCUGAACAUUGUGACCCAGUACAAAACUACACCAAGUACUAUGUAAAGGAGUACGGUAAAGUGAAUGGCCGUGCCAAUAUGAUGGCUGAGAUCCACAACAGAGGACCAAUUGCAUGUUCGAUUGGUGCUACACCCAACUUUGAAUUCAACUACUUUGGUGGAAUCUACAAUGAGUACAGCGAUUUACCGGUAAGGGUGGUUUACUGUAGCUUACGGUAACGUAACUUACAAUACUUCGUUAUACUCUACCUUGUUCUAUUGUACUCUACUUUACUUCACUUUACGCCUACCCUACCCUACCCUACCCUACCCUACCCUACCCUACCCUACCCUACCCUACCCUACCCUACCCUACCCUACCCUACCCUACCCUACCCUACCCUACCCUACCCUACCCUACCCUACCCUACCCUACCCUACCCUACCCUACCCUACCCUACUCUACUCUACCCUACCCUACGCUACGCUACCCUACUCUACUCUACCCUACCCUACCCUGCUCUACCUUACCCUACCCUACCCUGCUCUACCUUAUCCUACAGUAUUCAACCUAAUCCUACCGUACCCGAUGCUAUCCUACUUUACUCUACCUUGUCCUAUUCAAUCAUACCGUAACCAUACUAUAAUACCCCUUCAUUUACAGAGUAACCACAUUGUCUCCGUAACCGGCUGGGGCUAUGACAAUGCCACAAAGACCGAGUACUGGAUAGUACGAAACUCAUGGGGAGAUGCCUUUGGAGAAACCGGCUGGUUCCGAGUCGUGACUUCUGUCUUCAUGAACGGCCGCGGAGACUUGUACAACAUGGGCAUCGAACGAGACUGCUACUGGGCUGAUCCUGAUGUUAGUAACCUCCAUUUUUAA